UUAAGCGGGCAAAUGAGACUGGUGAGGAUCCUUUGAUGUUAAGCAACCGUUUUUGCGAUGAAUAUGUUAUUGAUAUGACUGAUCUUCAGUGUGAGAGACCAUCUACGGAGCCUCGUGUUUCUGAUCACAUUGACAAGAUAAAGGACAUGAUAACCCAGAUUAUCAACAAUGGCUAUGCAUACGAAGUUGAUGGUGAUGUUUACUAUGCUGUUGAUAAAUUCCCAAGUUAUGGCAUGCUUUCUGGACAAAGGCUAGAACAUAAUAGAGCUGGGGAACGAGUUGCUGUGGACUCGAGAAAGCAUCACCCGGCUGAUUUUGCAUUGUGGAAGGCUGCUAAGCCAGGUGAACCUAGCUGGGACAGCCCUUGGGGUCCUGGAAGGCCUGGGUGGCACAUUGAAUGCAGUGCAAUGAGUGCUUGUUAUUUAACUCAUAAAUUUGAUAUUCAUGGUGGUGGAAUUGAUUUAAUCUUUCCUCAUCAUGAAAAUGAGAUUGCACAGAGCUGGGCUGCAGACACUGAGAGCAAUGUCAGUUAUUGGAUGCAUAAUGGGCAUGUCACCAAUAACAAUGAGAAGAUGUCAAAAUCCUUGGGAAACUUCUUCACUAUUCGCCAGAUCACGGAGCGUUACCAUCCACUUGCUUUGAGACACUUUCUAAUAAGUGCCCAUUACAGAUCUCCGCUAAAUUACUCUGUCUCACAGCUGGAGAGUUCAUCCGAUGCUAUUUAUUAUAUAUUUCAGACACUUCAAGAUUGUAAAGAUGCUUUAUCAUCAUUUGUACAAGGGAGCACCGAGAACAAUGCAAAUGUGCCUCAAGUUAAUCAGGCUGCCAAGGAUUGUAUUAAGAAGUUGCAUGUUGAGUUUCAAACAAAAAUGUCAGACGACUUGCAAACACCAGUAAUACUAACUGGUGCUCUCCAAGAGGCCUUGAAGUUUGUGAACAGUUCUUUGAUGAUGCUGAAGAAAAAGAUGCAGAAAAGGGCACAGUUGCAGUUGAUUCAAUCCCUAUUGGAAGUGGAGAAGGAAGUUGGAAAAGUUUUGGACGUACUAGGAUUAUUGUCCACUAAAUCCUACGCCGAGGUUCUGCAGGAGUUUAAAGAUAAGGCAUUGAAGAGAGCAGGUUUGGCAGAAGAUGAAGUGUUACAUCUGAUAGAAGAAAGAGCUCAAGCUAGGAAGAGUAAGGAUUUCCCCAAGAGUGAUAAGAUUAGGAAUGAUUUGACUGCAAAGGGCAUUUCACUUAUGGAUGUGGGGAACGAAACAUUUUGGAGGCCAUGCAUCCCGAGUGAACCACAAGUUAUUCAGACAGCAGACCAGAGGGCACUUACAGUUGAAGAAAAAGAGUCAAAACCUCAAGUGAAUCAAAAGGUGGAGGAAAUACUUGUUGAUCAAGAAGGGAACGGGCCACAUACGUCGACAUGAAGGUGGGAUCAAUGUCCCCCCGUUACUAUGAUUAAACACAGAACUAUGUUAUAAUUUAUCAAUACUAUAACCGGAGGCUUCAGGAUUGGAUUAUCAAUUCAAGUCUUGGGUCACUUAUUUUACACUUUUCUCUUCUUGGGUCACUUAUUGGUCCUGUCUCUUGAUUAGUUUAACUGGUUAUAACAAUUACACGAACAGAGCCUCAUAAUUCGCAUAGAUACACAAUCCAAUGA